AUGGCAGAUCGUACACCGCCAACCCCUGUGGCAAUGCUCAUAGGCACUGCCAUUAUCGCAGGAAUCAGCGGGUACAUGAUCGGAAUCGCAUCGUCUCUCGGCUUCUUGCCCAUACCAUUCGCGACUAAAACGGCCCCUACCCGCGGCAUUUCCAACUACGACGACGAGGAAGAAAGCGAAGAAGAGGAUAUCGACGAGUCCAUACUCGACCAUGCCCCCAAUUGGUCCAACGGGCUCGAUGCAGACAAGAGGGAUGGCCUCCGAGCUCCCUCACUCAAUGCAGCACGGAAGCAACAGGCAUUGUUGGAAGAAGACAGCAAAAUUGCAGCCCAGUGUUCGCACGCUACACUUGCCUGCUACAAGAACUUCCUCAAGAAUACCCCAAAAUCACCACUCCUCCGCCGUUGGGAAACACAAGGCCAAGCAAAAGUCGCUCUUCAAGUUAAGAGCGAAGAAGAGUUAGACGUAUUGCAAGCCACGGCCAUCAGUAUGGGCUUGGUUGCUGAGGUUAUUGCGGAUGCCGGUAGGACGCAGAUUGCCAGUGGCAGCCAUACUGUGUUAGGGAUUGGGCCUGCGCCAAAGAGCCUCAUUGAUAAAGUCACUGGGAAAUUAAAGCUACUCUAG